UUGGUAAAACCCUCAAAAUUCAAUCCACUAAAUCUUCCUUUUCCGAAACCCCCAAAUUCCGGUUCCUUUCUCUGCGGCGAUGGCGGCAGGGAGACGCACGGUGACUCUCGGCGGAAAAGGCUCUUCCCUGACGUCAUCCUCUGUAUUCGACGUUGCAAGCGGCUUAGCUCGCGUCACCAUUGAUUCCUCAGCACUCUCUCGUCGCUCCUCUACUUCUACCAGUUCCGCCGCAAAGUUCUCGUUUACGAUUCCCGAUUAUUUCACUGCGAAGGAAGCUAGGGCUUCUGUAAUUCUCCUAUUGAACAAGCUGUUGCUCUCUUCCUCUUCUUCCACCUUCGCCUGUGCUCAUUUGGUCGAAAUUCUCGAAUCGAGUGCCCUGGGUUUGGAUUAUACACUCGACAAUGUUGCAUCAGAUGAAUUGGCUACGGUUGAUUACUCUGCUGCUGCGAUCGCCGGCGUUUCUGCAAUCCUGGAUCACCGCUCUUCCGCAUUGGUCCCUAUUGUCGAUGCCAUUGCAGCUUUAUCGUGUGAGGCUCUGCGAGCUGACGUGUCGCCUUUUAACUUGAUGGACUCCGGAGAUGGUUCGACGGCCAAGGACGCCGUUGCUGUAGCAGCUGAUUUCAAGGUAUUUUUUAACGGUUCGAAGCUGGUUAAUUCGGAGAAGAAGCUUUCGCACUCUUCCAUGGCGGAGAUUCCAUCGCUCCAUGGGGAUUUCAGGGAUGUUUCUCGAUCGCUCCACUCGAGAACUAGAGUUCAGUUGAAUUCCGGAUUCGGAGCUGGCUCGGCGAAGGUUUUGUCGAUGUCAUUGGGGAAUUUGGCUUCGUCUCUGUUGUAUUUGGGGAUUAAUAGCACUCUUCGCACCGAGCUUCUUCUCUCGGGUUCAAUUUCUGACGUCGAAUUGUGUUCUCGUCUGUCGGCAAUGGUGGCAGCCAAAUGCCUGCGCCCUGCUCUGGAAGAGCUGUACGCGUCUUUUCAAGCUGCUCGUUUGCAAGAGGAUUAUCUGUUGUUCGUCCAUAAAAUUUAUGAAUUACUUGAUAUGGUGAGGGAUAUAGUUUCGUGGGAGGCUACAGCUGCGUUCAUUUCACUUGGGGGAAGCGAGAUUUUUGGUGAUAGAAUUCUAGGAGACAAUGGGAGUUUGAGUGAGUCUUCAACUGGAGAUAAUCCUAAAGCUGAUAAGAAGAGUGAGAAAAAGAAGAAGAAAGUUGUUAUGGGGAAGGGAACAAUUGCUCUGAUGCAGUUUAUCAAGGAUAGGUUGCUCGGCGGAGCUGCAAAAUAUGACUUGGAAAAAUGCGCUCAGGAUUUCCAGUCAUUACUAGAUCCGGAAGGUCCGUGUUUUGAUGAUCUCCUCACAAAGCUGAAAGAGAUUGUGGAAACCAAUGAAAGUCGAAGGCUUCCGAAACUACCCAAGGGUACCCGUGAUUUUGCAAAAGAGCAGAUGGCAGUUAGAGAGAAAGCUUUCUCAAUUAUAACAGAGGUUUUCAAAAGGCAUGGUGCCACGGCUUUAGAUACCCCGGUCUUUGAAAUGAGAGAGACUCUUAUGGGAAAGUAUGGAGAAGACUCAAAGUUGAUCUAUGACCUUGCCGAUCAGGGUGGAGAACUUUGUUCACUCCGAUAUGACCUGACAGUUCCUUUUGCUCGAUAUGUUGCUAUGAAUGGCUUGACAUCAUUCAAAAGGUACCAGAUAGCAAAAGUUUACAGAAGGGACAAUCCAUCAAAGGGACGGUAUCGUGAAUUCUAUCAAUGUGACUUUGAUUUUGCUGGUCAAUUUGAAAAAAUGUUGCCAGACUUUGAGGUCAUAAAAAUCUUGACAGAGUUGCUUGAUGAGCUAGCUAUUGGUGAUUACGAGGUGAAGCUCAAUCACCGGAAGUUACUUGAUGGCAUGUUGGCUAUCUGUGGGGUGCCACAGGAGAAAUUUAGAACUAUUUGUUCCAGUAUUGACAAGCUAGACAAGCAAACGUUUGAGCAGGUUAAAAAGGAAAUGGUGGAUGAAAAAGGUUUAACUGAGGAGACUGCCAAUAAAAUUGGAACUUUUGUUGAAAACAGAGGAUCGCCUAUGGAGUUAUUGUCCAAGUUAAAACAGGAAGGCAGUGAGUUCUUAUCAAACAGUGAAGCCGAGCUUGCGUUGAAUGAAUUGGAGACUCUAUUUAAAGCUCUACUGAAAUCCAAGUGUAUAAACAAAGUAGUUUUCGACUUGAGUCUUGCAAGGGGUCUGGAUUACUACACCGGAGUCAUAUUUGAGACUGUUUUUAAAGGGGGUGCACAGGUCGGUUCAAUCGCUGCUGGUGGACGCUACGACAAUCUUAUAGGGAUGUUUGGCACAAAGCAAGUUCCUGCUGUUGGCGUCAGCUUAGGAAUAGAGAGAGUAUUUGCUAUUAUGGAGCAACUCCAAAAUGACCAGGAAAUCCGAGCAACGGAAACUCAAGUCCUGGUGAGCAUCCUAGGUGACGACAUAUCACUUGGCGCUGAACUAGCAAGUGAGUUGUGGGAUGCCAAGCUGAAGGCUGAAGUUAUGGUGAACAAGAGAGUAAUCAAGCAUAUUGACCGCGCCAGAGGCUCCAAGAUCCCGUACAUGGCGAUAGUAGGCGACCAGGAGCUUAGCAAAGGUGUCGUGAAACUGAAAGAUGUCACGGCCGCAACUGAGGAUGAAAUCCCGAGAAUCGAACUCGUGGCGGAGCUACAGAGACGGUUGAACAUCUCACCGUAAAUAGAUUGCCAAGAUCAUCAAAUUUUCCAUGUUACAGUUUCCUUCUUUUUGACCGUGGGUACACUCAGGUUUUUUCCCUCUUCUUACAUCAUCUGAUUUAGAUAACUUGUAGUAGUACCAUUGUGAUGUGUACAAUGUGAUUUUAAAGGAUUCCACAUAUGUUGUUGCAAAUGUUAUACGAAUAACUGAUUUGUGAUGUCAA